AGUCAUCAUCAUGACAGCAGGAGCAGUGUCAGCUCCACUCAUCAUUCCCAUCAUCCACCUGCAGGCACACAGAGCCAAGAACCACAUCGACACCAACACACCUGUCUCCAUCCAGUCAGACUCUCCAGGUGUGCUAAUUUUCUACACGGUGGACGGGUCGAGGCCGGCGGCGGUGCAGCGGGGGUCGGCAGGCACCAGCAGGAAGUACAGCGAGCCCAUCCUGCUGCCUGCUGGUCGGGUGUGUGUCAGAGCCGUGGCUGUCUGCAGUGACGGAAGACAGAGCUCCACGGUGACAAAAGUGUUCUCUGUCGACCUCGUGGACUCCAACAACAGGAAGGAGAACCAGGAGAACCAUCAGCGUCCGAAUGAAGGAACCUCCUGUUCUCCUGAGAACCCUGCUGGUUCUUCACUGAGGCCCCCAGAGCCGAGGAUGAUGGGAAACGGUUCUCCUCUAUCAGGUCCUCGUUUCCUGAACAGUCGACUGGGUUCUCCGACCACCACAGCCCAGUCCGGUUCCUCCCAACGUUCCCAGGCAGUGAGUUCAGGUGUGCUGAAGCAGCUGAGCAGCACACACACGUCCAGAAUCCAACGGGACACCGACUUCCUGAGGUGCGCUCAGUGUCUGAGUUUCCGUCCUACAGACCCGUUUGCUCGGUUCUGUGCUCAGUGUGGCGCUGUCGUUCCUCCGUUACCUGAACAGAGACUGCCCCCUGCUGAGGGAGGACAGAAGGUUCUCUGUGCGUUCUGUAACACUGUGGUUCCCGUCAACACUCACACCUGUUUGAUCUGUGAAGCCUCCGUCCAACAACAACUACAACCACAGGCCAGACUCACACUGCAGGAUCAUGUGGUGUGUGUUUGCUGUGGAAGUGGGAAUCCAGCUCACAUCACCAACUGUCUGACCUGUGAGAGCCGCCUGCAGCCGGUGUGUGUGGGUAACGACACCCCCUCUGUCCCAUCAGCUGACAGCAGGAUGUUGUCCUGCUCCAGGUGUAAACGUAUAAACCACAGGGAUGCCAGAUACUGCGACUGGUGCGGCUCCAAGCCUGGUCAUGCAGCGAGCUGUGUGACGUGUGGGCGAUGUGGAGCGAGUGGACACCCGUAUGCCUUCUACUGCGCAGCCUGUGGCGUCUACCUGGAAGCACCAUCACCCACUUCCUGUAGUGACAUCACACGGACUGUCAGGGGCACCGCCCCCAGCCAGGCUUCAGCCUCGACCUCCCAUGAUGCCAUCUGGCAGGCCACGCCUUCAUCUGACCCCACACCCACUGUGAAGGUAACCCCGCCCACUGCUGAUCAGUACACGCAGACUGUUGGACUCUAUUAUCCAUCAGCCACUGAGCUCCAAAAGAAAGACCAGCAGAGGGCGCUACAGCUCAGCAGACAGCAGGCGACCAGAGUCCGUCAACCGCUACUGACCGCCAUCAGCCCGGGCAGUGGUUACUGGAGGAAGCAGGUGGAUCAUGUUUGUGCUCACCUGAGGAGUUAUGCUCAGAACAAUGCCCCCUUCAGGACUCUGCUGGGAGAGCCUCGUCUGGGCCGGAUGGUCUCUGCUGUGGUUCAAGAAGAUGGUUAUGAAGUCAGUCUGACCGUCAGCUUUGUGUCGGCCGCACGAGAAGAGAAGCAGGUGGGUCCUGAAGGUGACGGUGCAGGUCCAGCAGGUACCCGUCCGAGAUCAGCACCUGCAGGUCGGACUGAGACUCUGAGCAGCGUCACAGAACGAUUCUCCGACAGCAGCAGUAAGAAAGGAAGUGAUGCGUCCACAAGUGUGAUGAAACCCCCCAGACCAAACCUGACGCCCAAACCUCCGGUGAAGGACAGUCAGCUGCUGAAGGAGCUGGGUCCAGGUCGAGGUCAGAUCAGCGUCAUCCAGCAGCUCCUGGAUCAGGGGGCGGAUCCCUCCUGCUGCGGCAGCAAUGGACGACACGCCUUGGCUGUUGCCGUAGUGAACGGGCACUGUGAUGUACUUCCUGUUCUGGUGCAGAGAGGAGCUGACGUGGAGCAGCAGUCCGGACAGAUGAAGAACACAGCUCUGCAUGAAGCUGCAGCUCUGGGCUCUGAAGGUCUGCAGUGUGCAGAGGUUCUGCUUAGCUGCAGGGCCAGUGUGAAGCGGAGGAAUGCCGCCGGUCAGACAGCGUAUGACGUGGCGGUGAGCUCCGGCUGUAACAACAUGGCGUCUCUGCUGGCUGCUCGGACCGGACUGGAAUUACUGGGCAAACUGAGAAAACCCAAACUGAACCUGGACGUCUGAGGAACAGACUGAGCUGAA